UGGCGCGCCUCGAGGGCCGCGAGUUCGAGUUCCUCAUGCGGCAGCCCAGCGUCACCAUCGGCCGCAACUCGUCGCAGGGCUCGGUGGACCUAAGCAUGGGCCUGUCGAGUUUCAUAUCGCGGCGCCACCUGCAGCUCAGCUUCCAGGAGCCUCACUUCUACCUGCGCUGCCUCGGCAAGAACGGCGUCUUCGUGGACGGGGCCUUCCAGCGGCGCGGCGCGCCCGCCCUGCAGCUGCCCAAGCAGUGUACUUUCCGAUUCCCCAGCACAGCCAUAAAGAUCCAGUUCACAUCACUAUACCACAAAGAAGAGGCUCCGGCCUCCCCUCUCCGGCCACUCUACCCACAGAUCUCACCUCUGAAGAUCCACAUCCCGGAGCCGGAUCUCCGGAGCCUGGUCAGCCCCGUGCCCUCCCCAACCGGUACCAUCAGUGUCCCCAACUCCUGCCCAGCCAGUCCUCGUGGUGCUGGGUCCUCAGGUUACCGCUUCGUCCAGAACGUGACUUCAGACCUGCAGCUGGCAGCAGAGUUUGCAGCAAAGGCCGCCUCGGAGCAGCAGGCAGACACCUCAGGAGGGGACAGCCCCAAGGACGAAUCGAAGCCACCGUACUCAUACGCGCAGCUGAUCGUGCAGGCCAUCUCCUCAGCCCAUGACCGGCAGCUGACACUAAGUGGCAUCUAUGCCCAUAUCACCAAACAUUACCCCUACUACAGGACUGCCGACAAGGGCUGGCAGAAUUCUAUCCGACACAACCUUUCUCUGAACCGUUACUUUAUUAAAGUCCCACGUUCCCAGGAGGAGCCUGGGAAAGGGUCUUUUUGGCGAAUAGACCCUGCCUCAGAAGCUAAACUUGUGGAACAGGCAUUCCGGAAACGGAGGCAGAGAGGCGUUUCCUGCUUCCGCACUCCCUUUGGGCCUCUGUCCUCAAGGAGUGCCCCAGCCUCACCCACGCACCCUGGGCUGAUGUCCCCUCGUUCGAGUGGCCUGCAGACUCCAGAGUGUGUGUCCCGAGAGGGCUCACCCAUCCCACAUGACCCCGACUUUGGGUCAAAGUUAGCUGCUGUUCCAGAAUAUCGGUAUUCCCAAAGCGCACCCGGUUCACCUGUUAGUGCCCAGCCAGUGAUCAUGGCUAUGCCUCCCCGACCGUCCAGUUUGGUAGCCAAGCCUGUGGCCUACAUGCCAGCCUCCAUAGUGACUUCACAGCAGCCUGCAGGCCACGCGAUCCACGUCGUGCAGCAGGCCCCCACGGUCACCAUGGUUAGGGUGGUCACCACCUCUGCCAGCUCUGCCAAUGGGUACAUCCUGGCCAGCCAGGGCUCAGCAGGAGGCUCCCAGGACACUGCGGGCACAGCUGUGCUGGACCUGGGCAGUGAGGCCAGAGGCUUGGAAGAGAAACCCACCAUCGCAUUUGCCACAAUCCCCACGGCCAGCGGAGUGAUCCAGACAGUGUCCAGCCAGGUGGCCCCCGGAGUUCCCGGACACACAGUCGCCAUUCUGCAGCCAGCCACACCAGUGGCCAUUGGGCAGCACCACCUUCCUGUCCGGGCCGUCACACAGAACGGAAAGCAUGCUGUGCCUACGAACAGUCUAGCCGGCAGCGCCUACGCCCUUACCAGCCCCCUGCAGCUCCUGGCAGCCCAGGCGAGUUCGUCCACACCAGUGGUGGUCACCCGGGUGUGUGAGGUGGGGCCCGAGGAGUCAGCAGCAGCUGGCGCAGCAGUGGCCACUGCCACACCAGCCACCACCACCGGCACCACUGUCACCUCAGCCUCUUCCACUGGCGAGCCCGAGGUCAAGAGGUCCCGGGUAGAAGAGCCCAGUGGGACUGGAACUACACAGGCCGGGGUCAUCACAGCCACUGGCCCCCAGGGGCCAAGCCCCGGGGAGUGACAUCACCUGCACCGGGUAGAGUGGGACUCACCCAGCAGUGCCCAGAGCUGGGCCUGGCAGUGCCAGUGGCCGCGCCCACAGACACAGGAGCUAACAGCGGCCUGCAGUGCCCAGUGAGCAGGUGGCUCAGCAGCAGCCCCUGGACAAACCUAGCCCUUUCCAUUUUAUCUCCUGUCCUCUCAUGGUUCAAAACAAAAACACAUAAACAAGUUCAGACAACUGAUUGUAUGAUUCUGGGAAUUCUUUGUUUUUUCUCCUCUUCCCUCAGCACCAUAUCCUCUCCCCAGGCCUCUGUCAGGGGUAUGGGGAGAAGGUUGUAGCUCAGCAUGUCCAAGAAUGUGUCAGAUGCCUCCCAUGAGUAGAAUAAGGCUCCGUGGCUUCUGUGUCUGGUUGAAGGAACAGCCUCAUCCCAGGAGACUGGACAGAAGUGGGCAGUACACACCAAGGUCCCCACAGGAAGGACACCAGAGGGACGCAUGCCUGUCCGGAGCAGCCUGGGAACGAGCAGAGGAAGGCAGGAGCCAGCUGACUGCACGCUGUUCUGUGGUGUCUUUUCCCCAAUGGUGACGUAGAAAGUAUCAGCAUUAAUUUGGAGGGGCCCAGGUUUGGCUUUGGACCCCCAACUAUUUCUUAUUUUAUGUAAACAUGGAAUUCAAGCUGAGUCGUAAAUCUAAGACAAACAAAAAAGAUAAUUAUUUUUGACAUGUUAUUUUGUUUUCAUCUUCAGACAGUUUAACAACUAUAGGUGUGGGGUUCUUACUGGCAUUAGGCCCCUCGAAGAGUAAACCUGCCACUCUGUCUGCUAACUUCAAGUAAGAUGGACGGCGUCCUGCCUGGUGUCUGCGAGUGAAAGUCAUUAGGAUGAGAGAUCAGACUUGAGCCAGCCCUCCUGCCCCUGGCACUGGAGGCGAGAGGAGGCUGCCUACUCUGCGUGGAGGACCUGCCAUGUUCACCAGUGGCUUUGUCAUCCUGAGGUUGAUGGAUACAGUGGGACCUACCAGUGUCAAGCGCAGUCUGCCCAUGCUGCUUGUCCCCAGAUGACAGCUUCCUGACCACCCAGUUCUAAUCUUCUGUUGUAAAUUUGAAUGCUUUUUUCUCCCUGACCUGAAUGAAGCACUAGGGCCCUGGUCAGCCAGCAGAAAGGAGACCUCCAUGCAGCAGUCGGUGAGCAGGCUGUGCCCACCACGUUCCACUCCCACUAACUGACUUGGCUUUGUAGCCAGCACAGUGAGAACCAAAGGACAGGCUGCUCUGAAUGAUCCUGUGGCUCCCAGGCCCCCUCAGGAUGUCCCUGUACCAGAGCCAGGGCUGGCUGGUGUUUGGCUCGAUUUGGGGAUGAGAUUGGAGUCCUUCAGCUUCUCACAUUUUCAGGAAAUGCUACAUCCAUCUACAUAAAGAUUGACUUUAAGUUUUAUCAGUCAGUCUGAUACUGGUUUUCCUAGGAGCAGACUACAACUAGAAAGGACAAGUUUGAGAGGUCGAGAAGUCUCAGAUGAAUGGCUGUUGUUAGAAGUAGCCUGUCCUCAGCAUCCCAGCCUUAGCCAUGGCCCUGGUGGAGAAGCUGCAGAGAGAUCCAGUUUCCUGGAGAGUGUCUGAGGGAACAGCAGAUGGUCCCACAAGAACCAGGUCCUAGGUGGGCAUGGGCUGCCUUAAAGGGACACACCCUUCAAAAUGAUUCUGAGGUGGUACAGAAGACUGGCAGCCACUGUGACCAGGCCACAGCCACACCAGGGCCACUGCCCCCCAGGACAAGUGUAGAAUGUCCGCCAGCUUCCUCUUUUCUGUCUGGGAGGGAAAAUCCCCAUUCUGUUGUUUUUUUAAGCCCCUCUAACCAGUUGUUUCUAUGGCACUAAACUCUAAGUGGGAAAUAAGCUCUUUUUUGCAGUCCAUACCUGUUGCCUCCGGAUGGGAGGAAAACAGCUGGGGGUGCAUCCUCAGGUGUCAUUCCUGCUACCCACAAUGCUCUCUUUUCCAUACUCAUAGUUUCUGGUAUUUGUGUGAACUUUUUCCUUCCAGUGUGCCUGGUGCGUGCAUAGGUGGGAAUGAGCAGGUGGGGCAGUGAGGUUGGCCGCGCAGGAGCUCUCUAGGGUCUGUCACAGGGGCUUCAGGGCCGCCUGCUGCUACUUCCUGUCCUACUGACUGUUUCUUCCCAGAGGUGCAUGUGGUCACCCUCAGAGGAGAGCUUUGUUUGUUUUUGGAUUGUCCCAUCUGCCCUAGGUUUAUCUCCUUAUGAAAGCUGAUGUCAUCUGCAGAGAGCACCCAGUGCCAGCCAGAAAAGAAUGCUGUUUACAAAGUGUUUGCUUGCAUCUUUGCCUGGUCUGAUCAGUCUGCAUCCAGCCCAUUUGCUUCCUGGCUUUGAGAUGUUUUGGUUUCUGUCCUUUUUCACUCUCAUAUUUAUGCCAGUUCCAGGCAAAGGAAAAGAACGGGAGGGGAUGGAUGACCAGGAAACGGAGAGGACAGAAAUUGGGGGUGACAUCCUGCCACACAGAGUCAGCACCUUUUAGCUUCUGCUGGGACUGAGAAGAGAAGUGGCCCUAGAGGUCAGCUCAGACCCCAAAUGGGGCAGCAGAGGAGGGUUGGGCUGAGGAACUGCCACUCAGGACUUGUAAACAAUGAGGUUUUUAAGAGUUUUAGCCAUCUGACCAGGUAGCAUGCCUAGCUCGUGCCAGAACUAAUCCUGGAACUGGUAACUGGAGGCCCAGGAAUGGCUGGUGACUAGAGGAGCUGCACAUCCUGCCCAGAGCUCUCUCUUGUCUAUGAGCCAACCAAGUGAGAGUCUCUUUGCUGAACUCACCCACAGAAGCAAGAGCACAGGCCAGGGAGACCAAGAGAGCCACAGCCUGUGGUCUGGGUGGCCUAUUACCCCCUAUGGUUUAGAAUGAGGGCCCAGGUGACUUUCUCUGGGUUGUUAAGGGUGAACUGACCCUAGCAGUGUCAAGUGGGGGAAUGAAAAAAUUUGAUUCCAGUAUGAUACCAGAGGCUUUUGUUCACCCUAGGGCUCAAAUCUCUGGCAUGACUUGCGGGAGAUCAGCCAGGUUGAGGUGAUUAUUCUGGGAAGAGCUCCCUCCUGCUUUGGGCCCUCUCAUGGGUGCUCCCUCUUAGGCCCUGAAGCCUGGUAACCCUCUUCUUUCUUCUGCUUCUUGGUUGACAAAUUACCAGGUUUACCAAAUGUAGGAAAACAUAUUCUUUGAAUAAGAAUUAGGUCACAAAACUUGUUAGAUAGUUGAGCAUGUGCCCAUCAAGACAGUCGAAUAUGCUAUGGGAAGUGAAGAGAAUUGUACCUUUCCACCUGCUGCCAGAACCAUGCUUGGCCCAGGGCACUUUCUUUCAUGCUGGCUCCUGCCAUCAGCCCAGGGUCCAUGGUGCAGCAGAGCCAUGGGUCACAGAGAGACCCAGGUCAUCCCAGGUGGAUGGUGCACAUCCAUCCUUAGCUGUUUGCAUCUGUCUUUCCAUUCUGAGGUUUCCCUGGUAACAUCUAGCCUCUGUUGAGUGUGGAGAGUCUGUCAUUCAAAGCCUUUGAGGCAUUAAAGUAGAACAUUGCUUUUCUAAAUCCUUAAAAACGAUACACCUAGAACCUAGAACCCUUUGUCCCAACUUGAAUCCCCUCUUGGAGUUAAGGCUGUGCAUGGCCAGACAGACCUGCAGUGCCCCAGUUCUCUCCCUGAUUUCACCUUAGAGGUUGCUGUGUGCUCAGGGAAGACAGAACCAUGUGGUCUGGUCCCCUUUGCACAGUCCUUCGAGACCGGUGCUGAAAAGACCCAAGGAGUGUACUGAGACCAGGGAGGCAGAGACCCACGAACACCACACCAACAGCCCCCUUCAGGUCUGCUUUGUUCCUAUUGGGGUUUGCUAUUGAUUUGUAUUUUCUUUAUCUCUUAUCUAAGAACUAAGCCAAUGAAAAUGAUAGAAAUGAAUUUCUGAGUUGCUGAGUAUUGUGUGAUGCGAGGGACCAUUCUUUGUGUUUCUCAAGCCAGGAAUGGGUCUGGUGGUGCUUUGCUAACACCUCCCUUCCCUGUGCCACAGAUGCUCCCAGCCCCCGAAGUUCUCUGCUGAGGCUGAUCUUGGCCUCCUAGCUUCUAGAUCUCUUUUGUGUACCUGCUAGUCCUGAUGAAAGAUUGGUCUGGGGUCACAGGCAUCACUCAUUUCCUCUAAAUAAGGAGUGAUCUCCACAGACUCUUUAAAGUGAGUACCAGUGUCCAGAGACCCGUGUCCAGGGCCACCUCUCUCUGUAGAGAAAAAUCCCUCCGUUAUGCAAUCCAGAGUUCAGAAGGAGGAGAAAGAUUUUCCUUGGCUUUGAAAUCAUUGUCUUAUUUUAUAGAGACAAAGAAUACACCCCAUUGGAAACAAUGAAAACCGUUGAAUGUGAAAAUGUUUGAGAAGAAAGGCUUUUUCUCAGAGCUUUAGAGUUAGUGGGAGAAGUUGUCUGUUUCUCUUCAGAAGCCUCAAAUUCUGCUUGGCACUUCAGUUACUUCAUCUGGUGUGAGGGAUCGUUGCUGUCUCUGGAGAGGAUGCCUGAGUCUGUCCUCUGCACCAACUCACUCCUCUGAGAGCAGAGCCCCCUGACAGGACAGCAGAAUAAUGGGUGACCUGCCUCUGCCCCCUGCACUGAGUAGACACAGCUUGCUCUGGAGUGACAAGAAAUGAUUGUGAGCCUCUCUGUGAGUCAGAAGAGCUCCCAGGAUGCUGAGCUGAAGCCUUGUCCAUGCCGUGAGCCACUCAACUGCAGAGGUCAGCAGGGGCAGCCCUGGCCACCUCGCCACACUCCUGUCGGGGCUCAUGUGAAAGUGUGUUUGCCACUGCCUAGUCUCACCUCCUUCAUGAUACCUCUGCCUAGAAGCAAUAUUAUUUAAUAAGAAUAAUUUAAAUUGUUCAAUUGUGCUGCUAUGAAGAUAGGAUUAAUCUUUAGAUGGGACUUAUUAUUGGAGGUUCCCUGAUACAUAUUUUGGCUUUUUGAAGUUAGGGCAGAAUAGAGAAUGUAACACAUGGUCUCUUGCUCAGUUUCUCUCUGUUAUUUUUAAAUUGUUUCCCUGCAUCUUACAAGUUCCUUGGCAUUUUAUAAGUUCCCUCCUGCAGGCCUUGUUUUAAACAUUAUGUUUUUUUAAAUGCUCAGGACACAGUUUUUAUCAUCUGCAUACCUGUCUUUGCUAUGGUUUGGUGCAAGACAUCUGCUACUUCUGUUUUCUUUUAGUACCACAAGCUGCUACAUUUGAUGACCAGUGGGAGGGUUUGGAAUCACUGCCUUGUGGGGUGUCUUGGGUAGCACUGCAGCCCCCUGCAGGGCAGUGAGCUGGACCAUGUGCCUCAUGACGGGACCCUUCCCAGGUGGCUUGAAUUUGUGGAAGGAUCAUCCAUGGGAGCUGCUGCUUUAUUAUCUGUCCUCCGUUACCCAGCCCUAUAGCUUCCAAGUGACAGCUGCUUAGAAGACUGGGAUUUUGUGACACACAACCAUGAGUGUUUCCUCUGAACUGAAAUUAUAAAUAGGCCCAUUUCACUGACUUUGUUUAUGAAAAGUAGUUAUACUCUUACUUUAAAAAAAAGUCACUUGUGAGUUGUCUCUGUAGCCUACAGACACUGAAGCUGUCUCUGCUGUCCUGCUUUCCAGCCUGGCUUGUCCCCCUCCUGCCAGUGCAGCUCUGCUCCUCAGUGCUGCCAUACAAGGGAACACACCAGAAUGCAUCCUGGCAGCUGGGCACCCAAACAGAGUUGCUGCCUUGGUGUGAGGCUGGCCUGACUAACCCUGACGGGGAGAAAGUUCUUGGGGGCCAAAACAAGUUUUGGGGGGCCACCUAGCAAGAGGUGAGAAGUGGGGAGUCACUGAUGGACCUCUCUGAGGCUGUCACAUAAAGUCUGUUGCAGCUUCUUGGAGACCAGGACCCUGCCCUGAGGAACAGCCUUGUCCUCAGAGUGAGAAGCCUGUAGGUCAGCAAGUAGAGGCCUCCUCAGACUAGGAGUGUGACACACAAGCUCUGCCUGCCACCAAAAUGGGCAUUUUUACAAUAUUUCAGGACACGACUGAAUUAGCCUUAGGGUUUAGUUUCUGUGACUGGUUCUGGCUUUCUCAGUGUUUGAGAAAGUAGUUGAGGGAGCAGUCACUGCCAUUAUGCAUCUUCCUUCCUCUCCUGGGAAGCCCUCCAAGGAUUUCAUGUGUUUCUUUGCUUUGGCUGAGCAGCAGGACAUGGCCUAAUGAGCUCAAUGCAUCUCAAGGUCCAUUCUUCAGGUUCAGCCAGACUGCCAACUGUGACUGCUAGGUUUCUGGGUCACUCUCAUCUUUUUGCUCCUUACCUAGUUAUCCUACGAGAGUUAGAAUAGAAUUAGAAGAAUCCUACUUUAUUAUUCUUUCUUUUCUGCCUGAAUAGGAUUUAAAAAUUUUUUUUUAUUAUUAUUGAGGUAAAAUAGACUAUCUCUCUAGUUGUUCUUUAUCUGGGACUCUCUUUUCUGGAACAGUUGCUUAUUUGAUUCACCCAGAUAUUCACUGGUGGCUUCCUCUGUGUCAGACACAGUGAGGAUAGAGCAGGGGGCUGGGCCCAACGGGGGUUGGCUGGGCACCCCUCGCUCUGCCAGGGUUUUGUUCUCUGUGAGCUGGGAGUCAUUCUUCCAGAGCUUUUGUCCAGAGUCACAAGCAGUGGCUAGAACUGUCCCCUGGAUUUCUGAAUGUGUUGGCUGAGCUGAACCAAGACGUGUGACUCUGAAUGAAUUUGUUUUUCCUGUAUGAUGUUAAACUGCUCUGGUGUGUGCUGGUCACCCCUGGAACUUGAGGAUGCAGGAGCUGUGACCCCAACACUGCACUCUAGCCUGGGUAACAGAGCCAGACCCCGUCUCAGAAUAAAUAAAUAAAUACAUAAACCAUGCCUGUGGCCUCUAAAUUCUGGAUUUACUGGUCCAGCUUUUUUUUUUUUUAAUUUUCCUUUUUUUUAAUCAGUAAAAAUUGGGACUUUAAAAUCAAGGCCUUGCUCCCUUCCUUUGUAGAAAGGCUUCUUGGGUACCUCACAUGCCUGCUUCUAUAUACCUGGUUUCUGUUUUGGGGAGAGGAGAGACAGAGCCGUGCUCUGGGUUGUCCUGAGAGGUGGCUGCGUCCAGAUCCUCAAGCUCUAACAUCCUGCAGUGUAGGCCGUCAGCUGUGGCACACUCAAGGGAGGGGUUAAAGCCAAUACUGAGAUUUUGUUUUUAUCUGAAUAAUAAUUCUCCUGUAAAAAUAAUUUGGGAGGGGCGGGUGUUUGGGGUGUGUGUGUGUAUAUGUGUGUAUGUAUUUUUUUUUUUUACAGUGGCUGUCUAAAGUAUUUUUCACAAUAUGUUUAAUAAUCAAUGCUUUAAAAAGCAGUGGUAUCCUAUAAAGUAGAAAUUUGGGUUCUGGAGUGUUGGGUAUGAGGGUGGGACACGUCAGGGGGCUGUGCCUCACCCCAAGGAGGGAACAGCAGCACUGGGAGGCUCAAGUGCCACUGCCAGGGGGCAGACAGCCCUAUGUCCACAGCGGGCAGCCUUGUAUGUUCAUUUCAAAUGGGAUACAGUAUUUUUUUAAUAUGGAGCCAUACUUUUUUUUUUUAAAGUUUGAGAUCUGAAUGUGAUUUCUAAUUGUAUCAGACGUUAAUGUUUUAAAGCUAUAACAAAGUUUAAAAUUUCUACUUUUUGUUUUUCAUUUAUUUUAACUGUUCUUUUAUCUAUUAAAUUGUUGUAUGUGGAUGGGGAAGUUUUGUUUCUCCUCUUAGCAUUUGUUUCUAUAACCAGAAAUAAAAUUAUAUAUUAAAGAGAUGA